CUGGAAAGCAGGCGGCCAUGGCGCCGUCGCGGUCCCUGCCGCGGUGCGCGAGCGAGCUCGGCGACCCGCCGUCGCCGUUCAGCUCCAACCCGGCGCACCACCCCGCCUCCCUGCCCACCACGCCCUCCGGGCUGUCGUCGGCGGCGUCCCACGCGGUCAAGCCCGGCGCCGGCUCGCCGCCGUCCACGCCCGGCAAGGCCAAGUCCAAGCCGACCACGCCGGCGGCGGCCAUGGCGGCGUACUACGCGUCGCAGUGGUCGCCCAGGAGGCUCAUGCAGCGCGCUGCCCGCGCGUUCCGCUCCAGCAGGUCGCGCCGCGUGAGGAGCAAGGACCUCGCCGGCGAGGAGCGCGGUUCGUCGCCCACCAGCAAGGUCUCCGACACGGCGUGCGCCGUGAACCUAGGUGGUGGUGGUGGUGGUGCCGCCGCCGAGCUCGCCCGCAGCGAUGGCAACGGCGACGCCGCGGCCGGUGUGCAACAGCUGCAGCAGCAGCAGGAGGAGCGCCACGACCACCCCGACGUCGUCCCGGAGAAGAUCAUACACGAGACGAACCAUCACGCGCCGCCGCCGGUCGUGGCGGAGGAUGAUUGCGGGGCGAAGACGGCGCCGGCAGAGGAUGGGCGCGACGCGAAGACGGCGCCGGCGGAAGAGGACAAGGAGAAGGAGAAGGAGACUGCCGCCGCCGCCGCCGCCACGGAGGAGGUGGAGUCCCCCAAGAAAGGAGCGGCACCCGCACCGGCGCCGGAGCCCGUCGCCACCGCGGCGGAGGAGGUUGCGGACAAGUUCGUGGCGGUGGUGAAGGAGGCGAUCAGGAAGCACGAGGAGGAGCAGGGCGAGAAGAAGGGGGCGGCGAGGAAGUUCCAGGGCAGCCGGGUGAGGACGGCGAUGGAGGCGCGGGCGGAGUCGGAGCAGCCGCGGCGGCGGGAGGCGACGCCGCGCAGCAACGACGUGAUCGAGGAGGCCCGCAGCAAGCUGCUGGAGAUGCGCCAGUGCAGCCGGGUCCGGGCGCUCGUCGGCGCCUUCGAGACCGUCAUGGACAGCAACAGGGACGCCGCCGCCACGCCGCGGCAGCACUGCCGCCGGUCGGCCUGAAGCCAGCCAACCCCGCCCCGCAGCGGCGGCGACGCAUCGCCCCUCCGCGCCUCGUCGUGUCUUUUGCCUUGAUUAAUUAUAACCUUCCCGGCCAGCCGCCGGCCGCCGUCGUGCACGGCGCUCGUUAAUCUCUGCUACUACUAAUUAACCCCCGGUUAAUCUGUGGUCGCCACUACGUCUAGUGUCAUGUCAUCAUGGAGCUCGUCGUGUUACGGAGGAGUAUUUUGUAAGGAGGAAGAAGACCGGUGUUACAUUUUUGCCAAAAUUCUUCGUAUAAUUAUAUUUCAUCGGUUUA